UACAAACCACGGCAAAACCCACACCAUGGUGGCAGUGACCAAAUUGAAACCCAAAGAAACAAAAUGCUUAUCACUCAUCUUCCAAAACUCCAUUACGUCUCCAUUUUCUACUCAAAACCCAAGAUUAUAAUCACCUCAACACUCUUAUCCAAAUCCAAACUAACCCCAGUUUCCCAUUUUUCAUCCAUUACAUCAGCAGCCAACACACUCCUCCAAACAACACCAGAGUUACAAGAAACCAAGAAUUUGGAAAUUGAAGAUGUUCUUGAAAAACCCCACAUUGAAAUUUCAGUUGAAAAGCUGUUUUUCCCACCUGAUACUGAUGUUUCUUGUUCUGGUUCAAGGCCAUUGAGUAGUAGGAUAUUGAAAGGGUCAAAUAUUGUGCUUAGUAAGUAUGCUGGUGAUGCUCAAGUGGAACAAGCUGAGUUUGUGAAGAGUAGUGUGGAAACUGAACAAUGUCCCUCUGAUGGAUUGCCUGAGUUUGCUCUUGUUGGAAGGUCUAAUGUGGGCAAAUCUUCUUUGCUUAACUCUCUUGUAAAGCGUAAAAAGCUUGCUCUUACUUCCAAGAAACCAGGAAAGACACAAUGCAUCAACCAUUUCCGAAUAAACGACAGCUGGCAUCUUGUGGAUUUACCAGGUUACGGGUAUGCAGCUGCACCACAUGAAGUACGAACAGAUUGGGCUAAGUUCACUAAAGAUUAUUUCCUAAACCGGCCAACCCUUGUCUCAGUCUUCCUCCUAAUAGAUGCUAGCAUUCCUGCAAAAAAGAUUGAUCUUGAAUAUGCAAGUUGGCUGGGACAGAAUAAGAUCCCAAUGACACUAGUUUUCACCAAGUGUGAUAAGCGGAAAAAGAAGAAAAAUGGAGGAAAAAGGCCUGAAGAGAACUUGCAGGAUUUUCUGGAGUUGAUACAGAAGUUCUUCCAAACUGCACCACCUUGGAUUAUGACCAGUAGCGUCACCAACCAAGGCCGAGAUGAGAUACUGUUGCACAUGUCCCAGCUGCGAAACUAUUGGCUUAAGCAUUGAGUUUGCGUCAUAUGCUUUAUUGGUGUUGUGACUAAAUUUGUUCUAAAAACUAACCUUUGUUGGCACAAGCUAUGCACAAGGACAUGCAGAGUGCAAUUGGUUUUAUCAAGAAUCGGAUGCCUUGGAAGCCUGAGUUAUUGAAACAAAUGGGACAAAAGAGUCUUGUGAUGACUGCCUCAAACAAUUCUUGUUAUUGUUAUAUACUUUGUUAGAACUAGUUAUCUUUCUCCGCAUAUACCCGGUCAGAGAGUCUGUCACUAGGUUGAAUAGGCUGCAGUUGUUAGUGAAACUCAAACUGGAGAAUGCCCAGCUAACUGGAUUGUCUCUUGUAUAUACAUAACCCUCUCUCUCUUUGAUCUACGUAACGUAUUUUUUGCCAAAA